AUGGGACUAGAAGCAGCGCGGGAGCAACGGGAAACCAAAACUGAGGGAAUCUCUGGUUGGCGGGAGGAAUUUUCCGGCGCUGUCGCGGCACCGACGAGGUCAAAGUUUGACCGGAAUCUCCAAGGAAACCGCCGACGAGAACCUGGAUCUCUUCUCCAGGAACCGCCGCACGCCGACGAGAACCUGGAUCUCUUCUCCAGGAACCGCCGCACUCUCUCCUCUGACGAAUCGUCCAAGGCACAGCAGGUCAAAGGGAGGAGGAGAGACCAUGAAGCAGCACGUGUGAAGCCAUCAGAUGAGCACUUUUGGUUUGGUCGCCCUGCCAUUGUUCUUUACUUGAUUCAAUUCAUUUUGUUUCAGAAUUCAUUUGAGAUUGCCUUCUUCCUCUGGAUCUUGUGCACAUACGGAUUCAAAUCAUGCAUCAUUGAAAAAUUGGGCUUCGGCGUCACAAGACUUAUUAUGGGUGUGAUUGUUCAAGUGCUGUGCAGUUACAGCACCUUGCCUUUGUAUGCUCUUGUGAGCCAGAUGGGUAGCUCGUUUAAACAAGGCAUCUUUAAAGAUGGUGUGGAAUCAGCUGUAAGAUUAUGGGCUGAACCUAUAAUAAAGGAAAGAGAUGGGAGUCAAACACAAAUGGAUAAAAUGGUUCGAGAAUCACCACAAAGUGCUCAAAUUUCAGAGCAAGCAAUGGUUGUGAUUGAAGAAACUACGACAUCAGUAGCACCUGACCUCCCCUGUGUAGCCCAACGACCUUUCCAUUAUCUGAACUUACUUCAGAGAUAUCCUACGUAUUCAGUUUCAUAAUGUAUAAGGAUAUAUAAGAUAUUUUGCUUCACUUUCAUGAAAAAAGGGGCAUAGCUUUUCAACAAUAAUAAAGGUCCAUAGUCUUCAAAUGUAGGAUCAAAAUUUGGCAUUCACCAAAUAUUAGGCAGUUUAAGGGAUGGCAGACUGGAAUCACCUGUAAUGUUGAU